AUGAAGUCACUUGGUAAUAUGUUACCAAUUCCGACGUGCCUGAUUCUCAUUCAAGGACAAACCUGCCUAAAGAAAUUAUGGGGUUUCCUGGAUUUCCAUUUGUUGAGGAAGAAGCUUCCUUUAUCAAGCACGAAAAUGUUCUUGCGUAUCUGGUGGAUUAUGCAAAGCAAUCCGACUUGUUACGUCACGUCAAGGCAUUAUUUUUGUCCAAUUUACCCAGCCAUCCCAGGGUAUGACACUUUCAAAGGGCUGAAGAUGCAUUGUCAUGAUUUUCGUGACCCAAAGUCGCUGAAGGAUAUUGCAUCCCUUGCGUUAGUUGGAGCCGGUCCUUCUGGUCAGGAUUUAGCCGUUGAGCUGUCUAAGCACGUCGAAAAGAUAUAUUUGGUGGUUAAGACCGGCUCUAAGACAAAGAUGGGGGCGUUGCCACAGAAUGUGGUGAGGAUGUUCGAUCCUAAGGAGUUCACGCAAGAAGGAAUUCUGUUAACUAGUGGUGAUACUGUGAAAGUUGACGCUGUGAUGCUUUGUACGGGUUAUCACUAUGCAUUUCCAUUCCUUUCCCCUGAAUGUGGAAUCACCGUGGAACGUCAGAGGAUUUCGCCGUUGUAUAAGCAUUGUGUGCAUGUUCGGUAUCCGACAAUGUUUUUUAUUGGCGUGGUGUCUACUGUCCUACCUUUUGUUCUCUUUCAUUUCCAAAUGGAAUUUUGCACUCGCCUUCUUUCGACAAAGGGUGAAACUAAGCUACCGAGUAUUGAAGAAAUGAACCAAGACAGUGAGCAGGAAUUAAGUCGAAGACUGGCGAUGGGUUGGCCAGAGCAUUAUUACCAUCGAAUGGCCGAACUUCAGUGGGAUUAUAUGGAUGAUUUAGCUUCUCUUGCGGGAGUUGAAAGCUUUUCUCCUGUCCUGAAGAAAUUGUAUCAGCAUGUUGGGGGUUGGAGGAUGAUCGAUUUGACAAGCUACAAAAAUCGGAAAUAUCGCCUCCUCAAUAAGGAAGAGUUUGUGGAUAUAACAGGCGAUGGACGUGUUCCGAACCCUGGUCUGAUCCCACCGAAUGACUUCAGGUCUUGAAUUGAUCAAUUACCAGAUCUUCGUAUUGAUCACGGACGAGUUUAUAAUGUAUUUGCUCGGUAUACUGACCUUUGACAUACUUUACUAUAGAAAAGUAUCCCAUAUUGGACUACGCCGUAAAUUUGCUUGUAAAAGAUCCCAUAUUCAAUUGAAAAAUUAAAAGCACAAUACUGUAUAAAGUAAAAUUUCAAAGAUGCUGAAAAUUUGAAUUUUAAAUUCCUCGUUGAGAGCAAAGAGAACAUAUUUAAUCUCGAAUGCUAUUCACCAAGUGCUUCUUACAUUCAUUCUGGGAGAUUAUCGUACAGGAACGUGCAUUUUUAAUGACAAAGACGCGGCUCUACUUGAAUUCUAGACACCUCCGAUGAGAUGAAACUAGUCUCAUAUCCUCAGUCUAUCUGAUUUGAAAUUUCGAGGGGAGGAAAAUGUGGCCGUGUCCGGUAGUUUUGUGGUACGUCAUACCGUACUUGAGCAAAUACCGUAUAAACUUCGUUCGUUCUUCAUCGCGUCGAGACGCAUUAGUGAAAAGUUAGCCUUUGUGAUGACUGGUAUUUUUAUUUGGUUCUUGAUUUCAGUUUGUAAAAUUGGAUGACUGGAAAUGUGUCGUCAGUUGUCAAGUUAUCCAAACACGUUGGAUCUAGGCAGAUGUGCAUUUAUUGUCUUUGUCUGUUUUAUUGACCUGUCUAUUCUCAAAUUUUAUCGUUUUUAAUCAUUUAUUCGUCUAUUUUAGCUUUCACCAGCAGAAACGUGCAUUCUGUUUUCAUAUCUGCACUUCAUUUCAAGUAGUGAAUGAUUUGUUGGAUUUUUCUGAUUGCAU